AAUCCCAAAUCAAGAGACACUGUCAUCCUCGCUGCUCAACAUAAAAAUUCAUCUCUUCAGUUAACAGGGAUGGAUCAGAAGGAAGUUGUGUCCGGUAACCCGCACCCAUUACAGGAGUUUACAGACACCAUGGCUCAGUGGUACCGCAGCUUCAAGGCUGCAAGGACAGAGCAGGGAGGUGAGAGGAGACGGCCCCGGAGCUCAUACCCCGCCGACACCUCCCCCUACUGGAUUGUUCAUGUAAUAGACUUUUCUAACUCUGAGUCUGCGGCGAGAGGGCUGAGGAAAAGAGGGAUAACCCAGUCUGAACUGGGGAAACGCGAUGGAACAAGUAUCCUGAUGGUUACGGAUGCAUCGGGGCUCACCCUUGGGUUUGACAUCCUGGACCAAGGGUGGUCCUCAUCUUUUAACGGCCUCACUGAGCAGGAAUUGUUAGGAACCGUGAACAAGGUAGUUCUGCUGCUGCAGAGGUGCAUGGAUGCCCCAAUGGAUGGUGGGAUGCCGCGUCAACCCAGCAGACUCCGGAUCAAUGUCAAGAUCCUGCACAGAGUGCUGCUCCAGGACACGCUCAAACAGGGAAACAGUAGGUGGGAUAUAGCUCUGUGGAACCAGGUCCUGAGAGACUGGAAUCUCAUGGAUCAAGCAGUGGCUCCAGACUUCAGCCCCCGCUGGCCUCCAGUAUAUUACUGUAACGUCUGUAAGAGGCGCUCCUUCCCCACUCAGCUUCGGGAAUGGUAAGACACUGAUGUAGAUUGUGCAUUUAGAAGGAG